AGCAUAUUUUUACCAGAGACACGCGGUACUCCGUUACCGGAGACAUUGGAGGAUGGCGAAAACUUUGGACGCAAGGCAAAAGGGUAACUGGAAGUUUUGCGCAGUGCUGAAAAUCCAGACUUUAGCACAAGCCGAAUACAUACAACAACUAAUUAUAAUGGACGAUCAACCGAAAAAGAAGGAGCCGGUUCCGGUAAAGAAGACGGCCGAUCCAAUUAUCUCCCAGAUCGGUGACUUUAAGCGUUAUCAGUUCUGGUUUUGCAUGCUGAUAUUUUUAAGUAAAUUUGGCACCGGCUGGCACACACUGGCACACAUCUUUUUGGCGGCCCCCACGCCUGUCAGUUGCGCAACACCAAACGUGACAGAUGCGUGCAGCGACGCUUGCGAAAAAACCGAGUUCGACACCAGCGUAUUUAAGACCACCAUCGUUACCGAAUGGAAUCUUACCUGUAAAAAUUCCAGUUUAUCCAGUAUGUCACAAUCCAUUGUUAUGGCUGGCAUUAUGUUUGGCAGUAUUGUCUUUGGCAUGAUCGCAGAUCGUUGUGGUCGUCGUCCUGCAUUUUUAGGCUGCUGCUUCAUGCAGCUAGGCGCUGGCUUGAUCGUCUGUCUAUCCCCGUAUUUUUGGUUCUACUGUCUCUUCAGAUUUCUGACGGCUUUUGCCACUGGCGGCACCAUGACAACCAGCUUUGUGCUCAUCAUGGAAAUCAUUGGACCGAAGAAACGCGAACUGGUUGCAAUUCUGUAUCAAAUACCGUUCAACAUUGGCCACGCCUCCCUGUCGGUAUUCGCCUACUUUAUACGGACCUGGCGCUGGUUUCAGUUCGCCGUGACAAUAUUUUCAGUCGUGUUCGUGAUUUACAUAUGCCUGGUGCCCGAGUCGCCACGUUGGCUGUUUACGACAGGACGCGUGGAUGAUUCCAUAAUGAUAUUGGAAAAGAUAGCUAAAAGAAACAAUGCUCCCACCGAAACCAUCCGAGGGGAAAUAGAGGCCGGCUACAAAGUGCUGGCUGCCAGGACACCUACAAAAAAGGGUACCGUGAUCGAUCUUUUUCGAACGCCCUUAUUGCGUGCGAAGACCUUUUGCAUGCUCGUAAUUUGGUUGGUGAUUUGCAUGGUCUACUAUGGCACCGCUCAGUAUAUAUCCAAGCUGGGCGGCAAUAUAUUCCUUAACAAUCUCAUCGCCGCUGGGUUGGGCAUACCCGGCAGCCUGCUCUGCGUGGUCUUGACCAAGUAUUUGGGUCGCAAGAUCACAAUGAUGCUGUCCAAUGGGCUUAGUGCCAUUGGACUGUUAGCUUUGGUGUUUCUGACUAGAUUCGAUAUGCGGAUUCAGGUGGCCUGCGCCACACUGGGACUAUUUGGUGCGUCGAUAUCAUUUCCCAAUGUGUAUCUAUGGGGCGGUGAGAUAUUCCCGACAGUGGUGCGCUCGAAUGGUAUGGGCCUGUGCUCAAUGAUUGGCCGUUUUGGUGGUCUGCUAGCACCGCUCAUCUGUGAUCUGGCCCAGUUUAAGUCAUGGAUAACACCACUCAUAUUCGGCCUCUUCUCGUUAGCGGCCGUGAUUUGCAGCAUAUUUUUACCAGAGACACGCGGUACUCCGUUACCGGAGACAUUGGAGGAUGGCGAAAACUUUGGACGCAAGGCAAAAGAGUAACUGGAAGUUUUGCGCAACUUCACAGCUCCAGCAAAGUCUGUCAUAGACUCAUUUGGCCUAAAAUGCCAGCAACAAAAAAAAACUUACAAAUGCAAAAUGUAAUUAUCGCAUAAUUAAUACAGUUUCGUUACUGCUAAUACUGGGUUGAUCCCUGGCAAACAUUUAUUUUUGUUCCCCCUUUUACUGCUAUGCGGCGCAAUAAAAGUUUACGUUUUGUCAAGUUAA